AUGGGAUCGCAAGGAGUCCAAGUUUCCCCACAACCACGCAUCCCUAAAGCAGGUGUCUGGGUGCCAGCAGUGACCAUCUUCGACCAAGCCACUGAUACACUCGACCUUGAGUCACAGAAGAAAUACUAUGCCUAUCUCUCGCGGAGCGGGUUAGCUGGUUUGGUGAUCAUGGGCACAAACUCCGAGGCAUUCUUGUUAACGCGUGAAGAGCGAGCUCAAUUGAUCGCUACUGCGCGCGAGGCCGUUGGCCCCGACUACCCCUUGAUGGCCGGCGUAGGCACGCACUCGACAAAGCAAACCCUCGAAUUGGCCAACGACGCCGCUGCUGCGGGCGCGAACUACUUGUUAGUCCUCCCGCCAGCCUAUUUUGGCAAGGCGACCAACAUGAACGUUGUCAAGCGCUUCUUCGCCGAUGUGGCGCGCAAAAGCCCUCUUCCGGUGUUGAUCUAUAACUUCCCUGGUGUCUGUAACGGCGUUGACAUCGACUCCGAGACUAUCACGGAAAUCGUGCGCGAGUCUGCGGCUGCAAAUCCCAACGGAACUUCUAAUAUCGUUGGAGUCAAAUUGACUUGCGGCUCUGUGGGCAAAAUCACACGCCUGGCAGCCACAUUCGGCCCGUCCGAGUUUGCCAUCUUCGGUGGACAGUCGGACUUCCUUAUUGCCGGUCUGACAGUCGGUUCGGCGGGAUGUAUCUCCGCAUUUGCGAACGUGUUCCCCAAGACCGCCUCCAAGGUUUAUGAGCUUUUCACCGCUGGCAAGAUGGCCGAAGCAAUGGAGUUGCAGCGGUCGUCGGCUUUGGCCGAGACACCUUGCAAAGGUGGGAUUGCAUCGACUAAAUAUGCGGUGGCGCUGUACUCGGCCCCAGCAGCUGGGAUUGAGAAUGCCCUGGAGAAACUCAAACCGCGCACACCGUACGAGGAGGCUGGAGCCGGAGUCAAGAAGACGGUGAAGGAACUGAUGGAAGCGGUGGCGGGUAUCGAGGCCGCGAUCUAG